GAAUGCCAGGAAAGAGCAAAAUGAUUAGCAAGUCAGUUGGUGACAGUUAGAGGAGAAGAAAUCCAAGAGAGGACUGCAGGAGUAGAGGAAGGAAAAGCAGAGGAGAGAGAGGACAUCAGGGAGAAGGAGGGUGGAAGCAGAACAACAGAACAGAUUCUGUUACAAGAACAUUAUCCAACUAGCAACUGAUAACAGACACUAUUCUUGCUGAAACAACUUUUUUUGACAGGGGGUAGGUUUUCUUUAUGUUUAAGCUUGUUCAUUGUUACUACUGUAAGUUGAUUAUUUGCUUUACUAUUUUCAGACGUUGUAGUUUUGUUUUGUUUUGUUUUGUUUUGUUUUGUUUUGUUUUGUUUUGUUUUGUUGAACAUCCUAUAUAGGCCAAAGCUUGAAUGUGAACCUGCAAUUUGAAAUUGCACCUGUCAUGCAUUGACAUGACUAAUACUGAGUGGUGACAAUAUUACUAAGCAAAUGUGUGCUAGUCAACAACUUGGAGAUGGGCCUGAGAGAGCUCAGAUGUAUGUAUGUAUGUAUGUAUGUAUGUAUUUAAUUUACAUCCUGCCCUUCCUCCCGAAAGAUCCUUUGGGUGGCUCAGGGUGGAAUUUUGAUUAUGCAGUGGCGAAACUGAUACAAUAUAGCAGUUAAGAGCAUGAUCUGUGAAUAAGACAGUCCCCAGUUCAACUUUAUGCUAAUUCAUGAAGUCACUAGAUGGCCUUAGGAAAUCCACUAUGACUCCGCCAUUUGCAAUAUGGGUGUAGUAACAUUCCAGCUUGAAGAUGGGGUUGCCGUAUUAGUCUGCUGCAGCAAAAAGUAGCACCUUGAAGACUAUUAUGGCAUGGGGCUUAUGCCAUAAACUUUUGUGGCCUACAGCCCACUUCAUCAGAUGUAUGAUAUGUUAUUUUGAGAUACAAGUACAUAUAUAUACGGGAUGGGGGGUGGGGGCUGUAAACAGUGAGGACAGAGAAAAGUGCACGGUGAAUGUGAAUGGUGGCCAUUCACAAAAUCACUAUGCAAUCCUAUACAUGUCAACUCAGAAGUAAAUCCAUUGGCUGGAAUUUGAAGUUGUGCUAUGGAGAUUGCUCCAUCAACAUGAGUAUUUAUGCUUGCCUGGUGGAACAAUCUCCUCUCCCCCCCCCCCCCAUGCAGUAUGAGCAGUAUGUCAGUCACUACUGAUACUUUCUCUUUUUUUCACAGAAGAAAAUAGGAAGGAAUGCCAUUGCUUCUUUGGCUUGGGCUUUGGGGCCUCAUCCAGCUGUCAGGAAGUGACCAGGUUUCUUCUGUUUCGACAAAUUGUUCAGAAACAAAAGUAAGUGUUUUCUGCCACACGUAUUGACCUGGGGCAGAAAAGGCACUGCCUCUCUACAAACCAUGGCUUGCAAAUUAAACACCAGCCCCCAGAAACUCCGCUUUCUGGUACAAAUUCCUCCCUCUCUUCUCUAGUUUGCUAUACCCACAAGCCAGAGGAUUUGUGUUGUGAACCACGGCCAGUGCUUACAAGGUCACCUCAUGGUUUGUCAACCAACCUCAAAAUAUACCGUGGACCAGAGCUUUCCAAACUUUUCAUGCUGGUGACACACUUUUUAGACAUGCAUCAUUUCGCAACACAGUAGUUCAGUUUUACUAGCAAACCAGAGGUUAAACUAACUCCUUUCCAGCCCCAAAAGGAGCAUGCGACACACCUACACACUGCAGCCGACACACAAUGUGUCGUGACACACAGUUUGGAAAGCUCUGCCUUAGACACUGGUCAAGUAAAACAAGCCUGCUCAACACAGAGUAUUGUUAUGUACUAUGAAUAUAUAAAUCUGAGCCACGGGGGAGAGAAUUUACUGCCACAAGCUGUGGAUAGCCACCAAUUCAUAGGACUGCCAAUGGUGAUUACAAAAGAUCAUGGAAGAUAGCUCUGAACUCUGAGCUCCACAUUGAUAGCUCAAUGUAAAUUCCAUGGUAAAAGCAGUAUGCCAAUUAUACCUCUGAAUAACAGUUGCAGGGAGGGCAAACAGAGCUGUCACUUUUAAAUGCCACUUGUAUAGUUUCUAGAAGCAUCUUGAAAGCACUUGGAAACAGAAGGAUGGACUAGAUCAGGGGUUGGCAAGGCUUACCGGCCAUGGGCCGGAUCACUCCCCCGGAGAUCGUCCGUGGGCCGGGCCGGCACAGUGUGACACCGAAAAUCACGUCUGCACAUGUCUGUGGCACUGGAAAUUGCUUCUGCGCAUGCCCAGACGCCAAAAAACGCACCUGCGCGGAAGUGAUUUUUGGCAUCUGGGCAUGCGCAAAAGCAAUUUCCGGUAUCUGCGCAUGCACAGACAUGAUUUCCGGUGCCGCUUGGCGAGUCCCUGUGCCGCAGGCGGCUCGGUUUGGUUUGGGGGCAGCUCCUGGGCUGGUAAAACGGUCUUUGUGGGCCAGAUCCGGCCCAUGAGCCACAUGUUGCCAACCCCUGGACUAGAUUACUGAUUAUCAACUAGUGGGUCAGUGCCUACUAGUGGGUUAAGACCUGAUCUAAGGUGGUUCACAACAGGAGAACUACCACCAUGCAAAUAUAUGGUAGAAAAUUAAGAAGGGUUUGGGUUAAAAGUGGGUCCUGGGUCUGGAUACCUUUGAUGGACCUUUGAUCAGAUCUUCUGUUUGCAUGCAUUCCUGAGAGAGGAAUAUAUGCCAGUUAAGUUAGGGAGGAUGUUGUGCUUUGCUGAGCCUGGCUCACUGUUUGCAAGCUACACUUUGCAAAGAGGUGAUAUAGCACCUGCACUGGGUAACACACAUGGCCAGCUUCCUUCCCCAUUCAUUGUGAAUUGACUUUCAGCAUUCAGUUUCAAUUUUUAAUUGUUGGCAUUUGUCUCUUUAGGAGGACUUCCUUCUUCCUUCAGCUAACAGGACCAUAUGUGGAAGAGGCCAGCAUCUAAGAAGUGGUGGUUUGAAUAUGACUGUACUGAACGCAACACAUCUUCCCACUGAAUAUUUGCAAGUUUUAGAAAAUAUUCCCUGUCCAUGUGAGCACACAAAGAGCUUUCUGACAUGCUUAUUACAAGAUCGUAUGAUUGCUCGUUUCAUUAUCUUCAUUUUCAUGCUUUGGCUUUUUGGGAACAGAACCAUCUUCUUCUUUCUCCUCUUCCGUAUUAGAAAGACUUUCUUCACUGUCUACAUCUGGAAUUUAGCUGUAGCUGAUUUUGGUGCUCUGUUAGUUCUGUGCAGUAUCUUCAUAUUCUUUUGCACUUGUGAGGAUUCGAGUGAUGCUCUUGUUAAAUUGUUCCUGUUACUGGCCUACCUAUUUUUCUUCAUGCAAGGUACUAGCAUGCAUUUCCUAAUAUCCAUCAGCAUUGAUUGGUUCUUGGCUGGCCUCUUCCCUAUUUGGCACCGACGUCACAGUCCAAAAUAUUUGUCUGUUCUCCUAUCUGCCAUUGUGUCUGCUCUUCUCUGGGCUCUGUCUUGCUGGCUGUUACUGUUUUUCAAUUUGGGGCUUGACCCGCAGUCAAUCAUUAUCAUCACCUUAAUGAUCUUUGCUCCGCUAAUGGUCAUCUCCACCCAGACACUGGUCAUCAAGAUCUGGCGCAACUUAGGUGAGCAAGGAGAACCUUGCACAGAAAUUUUGCUUGGGAUGUUUUUCUCCCUUGUCACUUGGGCCCCCCUGAAUUUGUUCUUUGCCUUGCACCGUGAUUUUGCAACCAUCUCUUCAUUGGCUUUCGUGUUCACUUCUCUGAGUGGCACCAUCAACCCAGUACUUUACAUUCUCAUUGGGCAAACACUUCUUUCUGAUUCAGGAAGUCUCAUGUUGUACUCUAGGUGGGUUCCAAGGAGGGGAGGGGAAAUCCACUAAGAAAAUGAGAGACUUGCCAUUUUGAGGUGGGGAUGAAUAAUGGUGAGGAACUCUAGGCAACAGAUACCCCCCCUUUUUUUUUUAGAAGAAAGAAAGUCUGUAUUGGUUCUUAAGGUCUUGAUGGGUUAAAGCUAUACCAAGAUGAAUAAAGUGUGCCUAAAGAAUAUUUACUUGAUAAAUAAAAACUACUGUAUGGCAUGCACCUUGUUUCACUUAUUUAGAAGAUACCUUGGAAUGGAUGAUAGUCCUAAUUUGUAACUGGGUUAGCCCUUCCUCUGCUUAGCUCAAAGGCAGGAACCUUUGAUUCAAGUAAAGAAUCCAUGCCCCCCCCAUGUACUAUCAGAGCCCCCAAGAAAUGACAUAGAGACUUCAGAGAGAAGUCAACCUAUUCCUGUUUGACAAAGAGAAAAAAGCAUGCCAAAUACCUGUACCUAUAAUGUGGAUAAAAGUUCUGGGUUCAGUUAAGAGUUUGGGGGCCCUUAGAGGUUACAGCACUGAUUGGUAGAGUGUGUGCUUUGUAUGAAGAAAGACCCAGAUCCAUCCAUAUCAUGGAUAGCUCAGUAAGCAGAGCGUGAGACUUAAUCUCGGGGUCAUGGGUCCCUUCCAACUUUACAAUUCUGAAAUUCCAUGAAAAGGAUUAGGUCACAAGUGAUGGGAAAGACCUUUUCUGGAAACACUGGAUAGCCACCUGCAGUCAGAGCAGAUAAACCUUGCCUAGGUAGACAAAUAGCCUGCUGUAAUGUCAUGAGACAGCUUCCUGUGUGGUUCAUAUGCCAGUGGCGUAGUAUCCCAGGGUCACAAAGAGGGUGUUUGAAAGCCCAUUACUAUUUUGGCAGCAGAGCCUGUCUCCAAUAUCCUAGAGCUGCUCAAUAAGCAUGAAAGGGGGGCUAUUUACUGUGUACUCCAAUGCUAAGCACAAGGUGCUUCAGUUUCAAGACAAUGCUGGGCAAGUUUGGUUACGUACAAUGGAAUUUCAUGGAAAACACAACUUAAGUCACUCCAAAUUGUGCUAUUGGAGCAUUCCCAAUCAUUUGCCUGUGUGUGUGUGUGUGCGCGUGCGCGCGUGCGUGUGCAUGCACACGCAUUUAAGGCAACACAUGGAGAUCUGUAUUGAUUGUUGCAGUGCACCCCUAGUUUUUAUUGCCAUAUGAUUAUGAGAUUAUUGCAUAAUCUUAGGAGGCUAUGUAAUUUUAGGAGUGUGGCUUUGAGGGGGAGUGGCUGUGACAAUCACAAAGGGACCCUUCACACCUGAAUUUGCCACUACACUACUGAGGCUAACACCUCAGUUCAUUACAGGCAAAAGGAAGUUAGCAUGUCAGCAUGUAGUUUCCAUAGAUGUCAGCGCCUGGCAGACAGUCCCCAUCAAAAACAUUACCACUCUGUAUUCAGUCAGGGAAAAGAAUGAAGCAGCAGGAAGCAGAGAGCAGACAAUAGCUCAGAAACUGACAAGAGUAUUAAGAGAACUGACAAUCUGAGUGCCAAUGUCAUUCUCCGAACAUGCAGGGCACCGGCCGCGACACUAGGAGUACAGACUAGGACUAGGUACAAUGGUAGCCAGCAGCAUGGACAGAGACCAAGAGGCCACAUCAGAGGACAGAUGAUAUGAAGAGACAGGAGGGUCAUGCAGGUCCUCCUGCACCCAGUAGCAAUUCGUCAUUCAAACACCACUGGUGUCGGGCACACAGCAAAAACUCAAGUGCAUGAAGUGAUAAGAAAGAUUGGUGUUAUUACAAGUGGCACCUGCAAGCAAAUGUUUCAGUUGAUACUUGAACCUGGGCACUGGAGAGGAGUAUUUCUGUGCCCUUCCUCCUGGUUUGGAGGAGGACAGCAGGAAAAUCUGUCAGAUCCAGUGAUGAGGCUCUAACAGGGGAUGGUUUCCCCAUGUUGCAAGGAAUUCAAAGGCUAGGUGCCAACAGGCCUCAGUCUGCCUGGAUGAGGGAAGCAUAAUGCACAGCUCCCAGGUAUUAAUUUGUGUGUGUGUGUGUGUGUGUGUGUGUGUUGUCCCCACUGAGUACUCCAGCAACUUCCAGGAGCCCGUCAAGAGCCUGAAUGGGUUGGGGAUGGACAAAUCUGUCAAAUCUGGUUUCUCUUAUUCUCCCAUUUUUCCAUUCCUAAAUUCAGUUCUCCACAUUUCCAUAUCAACUUUUUGUUUUUUAAAGGAAGAAAGCCCUCAUGAAAAUUCCUCAACUAAUUUCUCCUCAUAUACAUAUUUUUGUACGUAUGCAUAUACAUACAUUAGCUGCUGGUGUGGUUAUUUUGACUGAUUUUAAUUGUAUUUAUACUAUUGUUUUUGUUUUUAAAUCAGUAUAAGCUGUCUUGGGAUGGUUUCUUUCCUUGAAAGCUAGAGCAUAAAUGUAUCUGAUGAAUGAAUAAAGCAUUGCUCACUCUGCUGUCCUUAUCCAUCUACAUACAUCUAAUGACCCACAAACAAAUAUUUGCAGUUCCUUACCUUAGAUUCUUUGUGAAGACUUCUCUUCCCAUACUUAAUCACAUUUACUCAGAAGGAAGCCUUAUUGAUUCCACUGUCAGUAUAUUUUGGAUUGCUGCUAUAAUAACCUAAGGAUCUGUUUCAUGAAAUCAUUCUAAAAGCUGCACAAUUGAAAGGUUUACUUUGUUUAAAAAAUAAAUUGGGAUUACUAAACCCUGGUUCUUGUGUUGCUGUUAAAAUGUCAAUUUAAAUGUCAGUUUUGCAUGGGAAAUAUUCCACUUGAAUGUAGCCUCAGGUGAUGAAAGGUGGCAUUUACUAUGCCAGGGCAAACCAUUCAAACUGGAUUUUUCUUUGACAGGAGUAGAGGUGGGGAAGAAACACUCCUCUCCAGUCACAAAGCAAAAACUGACAUUGGUGAAAUAAUCACCAUGUAGUUAAUCUACCAUGCCAAAGAAAGAAAGAAAGAAAGAAAAACUCAAUCAGGCGAAUUAGACCAAAAUAAGAUGAACGCAGCAACAGAGCCAAUGAUUUGUCUGUAAACCUCAUCUGUCAGGGAACAUCCACGUGUGGAAGCAGACAUCCAUGAAUGAAUUGUCAUGCUGCUUCAGGGAGUUUACAUGCAAAUAGGAUCCUGAUAUGAAUCUAGUUUUGUGGUGCACCCAUUAUUCUCACCCUCUCUACUGUGGGAAGUGGAUGUCACUACACUAGGGAUCGGAGAAUAUGUCAGUUUCUCUUUCUCUCGGUUUCUCAUUUUUCUAAAACGGGGGAAAUAAGGAUGAUGUAUUUUUGAUAAAUUGUUAUGUUGAAAUUCCUAAUAAAAGAAUAUUUUAAAAAAGAA